AUGUUCUUUUGCAAAGAUAAAUUCAGAACAGAAAUAACUCAUGAAAAGCGAUUCGAGAAAAAAUCCCAAAAAUCGCGGUCUAAAGAAAGGAAGCAAUAUUUUAAUCAGAGACCUAGAAAAGUAGUUUCAUCUGGUGAAGGCGAUGAACAUCCGUGUCCAAACUGCGAGAAAAGUUUCAAAGUUCUCGGCUCGUUGCGCAGACAUGUAAAGUACUUUUGUGGGAAAAAGCCACCACCGAUAACAGGAUACAAGGAAAUAAGCAAAAACAAUUACCAAUGCGAAAAAUGCGAUCGAACAUACAAAACAUUUAAUACAGUAAAAGAGGGCACAUUAUCUACGAAAUUCCUAGAAUUCGAUAAUAUUUUCGUGCCACCAUCCCUAGAGCAUUAUUUAAUAAAUCCUGCCAGCAAGUACAAGAAGAAGGGCCAAAACGGGGACAUAUACAAAAAGUACAGCGAGAGUUUUUUGAGGUCUGGUUACAGCGAGGACUCUCAAUUUGCCUGCAAACACUGCGGAAAAAGAUAUAGAUGGAAGUCAACUAUGAGAAGACACGAACAGGUUGAAUGCGGGGGAAAAGAACCCAUGUUUAAGUGCCCCAGGUGUCCAUACAAAGCUAAACAAAAAGGGAAUUUAGGGGUGCAUAUAAGAAAACACCACACACAGGGGAAUGAGAAUAACAACAAUGAGUUUAAUAAUGAAGAUACCUAA